UGGCUCCCACUGAGAGCUGUCGCGUCGCACCGGCUGCGUAGGCAGUGGCGCUAACAAAUGGGUCUCAAAAUCUUGAUGCAAACAGCCGCCCCACCUUUCCUCUCCUCCGAGGGCUUUGCCAAACGUCGUCGCUGAAUGAUUGCGUCAUCGGAAGCCGAGAAGCCACCUUUCGUCCCUCUCUGGCUUCUGAUGUCCUGCCUUGACGUCAUCGCCCUGCGAGGUACAAGUCAAGGUUGGGGGAUUUGGAGAGUGGAAAUUUUGUCCGCUCAGGACUUCAUGGAGCCCAGAGGCCUCAAGAGAAAAGCUGAGAAGACCGAGGUGACUGAGCCCCAGAACAAACUCCCCGGCGCAGCUCCCUCCCUGCCCACUGAGCCGGCCCUCUACUCCGGCCCCUUUCCUUUCUACCGGCGCCCCUCCGAACUCGGCUGCUUCUCCCUGGACGAGCAGCGCCGGUACCACGGAGACGCCAGAGCCCUGCGCUACUACAGCCCGCCCCCCACCAAUGGUCCAGGCCCCAACUUUGACCUCAGAGACGGAUACCCCGAUCGGUACCAUCCCCGGGAUGAGGAGGUCCGAGAGGGGCUGGACCACUUGCUGCGCUGGCUUCUGGAGCACCGAGGCCAGCUGGAGGGGUGGCCCAGCUGGCUUGCAGGGGCUGUGGUGACGUGGCGGGGGCAUCUGACAAAGUUGCUGACCACACCGUAUGAGCGACAGGAGGGCUGGCAGCUGGCUGCCUCACGGUUCCAGGGGACGCUGUACCUGAGUGAGGUGGAGACGCCAGCCGCUCGGGCUCAGAGGCUGGCUCGGCCUCCCCUACUCCGGGAGCUUAUGUACAUGGGUUACAAGUUUGAGCAGUACAUGUGCUCAGACAAACCCGGAAGCUCCCCGGACCCCUCUGGGGAGGUUAACACCAAUGUGGCCUUCUGCUCUGUGCUACGCAGCCGCCUAGGAAGCCAUCCUCUGCUCUUCUCAGGGGAGGUGGACUGCACAGACCCCCACGCCCCAUCCACACAACCCCCCUCCUGCUAUGUGGAGCUCAAGACUUCCAAGGAGAUGCACAGCCCUGGCCAGUGGAGGGGCUUCUACAGACACAAGCUCCUGAAAUGGUGGGCUCAGUCGUUCCUUCCAGGAGUCCCAAAUGUUGUUGCUGGCUUCCGUAACCCGGAGGGUUUCGUCUGUUCACUCAAAACAUUUCCUACCAUGGAGAUGUUUGAACAUGUCCGGAAUGACCGUGAGGGCUGGAAUCCCUCUGUGUGCAUGAACUUCUGUGCUGCCUUUCUGAGCUUUGCCCAGAGCACGGUUGUCCAGGAUGACCCCAGACUCGUCCACCUUUUCUCCUGGGAGCCCAGAGGCCCAGUCACCGUGUCUGUACAUCGAGACGCCCCUUACGCCUUCUUGCCCACAUGGUACGUGGAGGCCAUGACCCCGGACCUCCCAUCACCCCCUAGGACGCCGUCCCCCAAGGACUGAUGCUGCAGAGGGGCCGAUCGUGUCUCUGUGUAGAUAAUAAACACGUGUUCCUAAGCGUU